UUCGAUUUCGGUCUCGGUUUCGCUUUCGAAGUCGGCUCAAACUUGGCACCUGUUGCGGUCAGAGCAACACUCGACUACACUGUCGCACAAAGUUCGUAUGGAAUUGAAUCGAGCUGAAAAUGUUUUGUGGUCGCAAGUGCUGUCUGUUCUGCCUGUUCAUGAGCGCCUGGGGCUUCUUGAUGCUGAAUCUGCUGGGUGUCUUCUUCUACGUCCAGUCACUGAUGCUCCUGGAGUCCCUGCCCUUGCCCCACCACUUCCACAGUCAGGAGGCCUUCAAGGAGCAGGCGGACGAGGCCUACCAGGACGUGUCCACCCGGUGCUUUGUGGCCGCCGUCUUCUAUCUGGGAUUCGUCUUCAUUGCGAUAGUGGCCAUUCGUCGGGAUAACAAGAGGAGGAAGCGACUCUACAAGCGGGGUCCCGGUCACUUGCGGUUCCGUCGUUGAUUUGUAUGCUCCAAGAUUGGUUAUUGAAUAAACAAUUUAUUUUCAUGGUUCCAAUUGCAUUUCACCCACUCAGCGACGUCCACCCACUUGUUGGUUGAGAUCGAAAGAACCAGUUUGUUGACCGCAUUCUGCGAUUAGCCUUAACUUCUUUAUCACCAAGCAAGCCACUUUUCGAUUUCGAGUCUGGCCGACUGGCCACUCCGCAUUAUGCAUUCGUUUCGACCAACCGAUUUUUGACAGCCGCACGUGACACCUUCUCCGAGGUGUGUUCUCUUUGGGGCAUCAUAAAUUUCCGUGAAAUUCUCUUUCCGAAACAUGCUAAUGGGAAUGGGGCGGUGUGGGUUCCCAGUUCUGGUUAUUCUGGGUCACUCUGGGUGCCCCCCACUCACCUCUAUGCCCUAGUCUAGUCUACUCCGGGGUUAUGUAUCUUGUUCUUAUCGACCGAGCUUUUGUGUCUUACACGAAAACCGUUGUGUAAAUUAUCGUACACGAUUUUCUAGUUGUACGCUUGUGUAUCUGGCUUGUUAUCACCAACCAAGUGCAGUCUGCUGAAAACUGGUUCACUGCAUUUACUCAUUUUUUCGGGAACUCGGGUUAACUGAUUUGACAAUACUUGGGAAAUAUUCUAAAUUUCCAACAUGGAUGGUCUUCUAAAAUCAUUAUGCCACCCGAGA